GUGAAUGUCGGACAUUUUUGGCGGACAUUGUGGUGAGGUCAUCAUCACCACAGCCUGGUCUCCUCACUCUCUGACAUGGCUCUUCAUCCCACAAUUCUUCUCAUCCUCACUGGACUCACAGGAGUUCACAGCGUAAUCACCCUCAGUACAGUGUCGGUGAAGGCUGGAGAUUCCAUCACCAUCCCAUGUCUCUAUGACUCGAAGUACAAAGACAAUGUGAAGUACUUGUGUGGAGGUUUGCCUGGUCUUUAUGUGGAAAAGCAGGAGAUCAGUGGAUUCAUUGGAGAUAGCAUAACCAUCAGUUGUUACCACAGCACCGCUGGAGAAAUGAGCUGGUGCAAACUGGGCAGGAGCUGUGUGACAGGGCAGUGGGGAGCAAUAGAUGGAACAAACGUAACCAUAGACUCAAAGGUCCACAAUGUUUCCCUCGUGUCUAUGAGCGGACUGAUGAAAGAAAGCAGCGGCUGGUACUUUUGCAAUAAAGAACCCUUAAAGAUGCCAGUGCAUGUCACUGUUACUGAGAAAACCACCACCACUCUUGCAACAACCAAAUGGAUCACUGGAGGCCAAACACAUCACAGGUCAAUGAGCCUCAUCAUCUGUCUGAGUUUGUUGGUCAUUGUGCUGCUGGCCUUGUUCAUCUGGUUUAUGUUGAAAAAGCACAAGGAAAACAAGUCAGAAACAGCAGCCAUCACAACGGUGACGGCUGAAGCGGAAGUAACAUACUGCGAUGUAAAACACCAAAUAAAACCUUCAGCAAAGGUAGACCAGAGACCAUGUACUGAAACUGACAUGGAAGUGUUGUACAGUUCUGUGGUUACCAUUAGACAACCAACAGUAAGAAGGGCUGAAGCACAAGAUACAGAUGUUACAUACAGCAUGUAGGCUCUGUCCCACCAAAAUACAUGAACUGUUCAACAUUUAAUCUGUAAAUCACUUGGAUAUUCUGUAGCAAUUAUUUGUAUGCUGUUAUUGCUUUGUUGUGCUUUAGUUUCUUUCUACUUUUUUCUACCCUUCACUACAAAGCAUAAAGAAGCAUUGGCCUGUUUGAUUGCUAAAUUUAAAUGUUCGAUUGUACCAUUUAUAAUUUCAGACAAACAUAAAGCCAGGGGACAAUGUCAAGCAGAGUUCAUAAUCUCACAAAAACCUCAUACUGGGAAUAUACAUUCAGGAUUUUUAAAACGUUCCGUUUUUUUAAGAGAAGUAUACUUUAAUAUAUUGUUCAAAUUCAUUUUCAAAAAUAAUAUAUUUAAAUGUAAGUACUUAUAAAGCUUAACUCUUGGAAUUUUCAGCCACUCUUUGCAGAUCACUUUAGAAAUGUUUGAGACUUUCUUGCACAGCGGGCGAGUUUUAAAUCCAGUGUGUUGAAGUCAGUGGAAUGUGAAGGCUUCACUUCACAUUCGUGUCCAGAAUAUGUGGAUUUUUAGUUCUUAAUUCACAAUAGUUCUUCAAACACCAAGUAGAACAUUUUCAGCUCUACUCUUAGCGAGGAGUGGGGUUACCGAGAAAUGUUAUAUAAUGUAAUAAUAAUAUAUAAUUUCCACUGUAUAUGCUAUAUUUCUAUUAAACUCUAUUAAUUCCAAAGUUUUCACUCAUGAUCUGAGCUGUUGGGUUUCUCUGUAAUUCAUUAGGU